AUGUCGAGCGGUAACGCCAACGCUGAGCUUGCCAACAACGGAUGGGCAGCUGUCCCACGAAGCCACUCGCAGGCACUGGAGAGUAUCAACAAGAACGAGCAUGCCAAACUGGACCUUGACAGCGUGAAGGUGCCUGAUACCGGCGUAGCUAGGAAGGUUUUCGAGUAUGCAAAGAAUACGUUGCCCGAGAGGACUUUCAAUCACAGCAUGCGUGUCUGGAACUAUGGCAACGCGAUCAUACAAACACACUUCCCGCACCUCACACCUCUCGUCGAGACCUACUUCCUGACCUGUCUCUUCCACGACAUUGGGACGACCUCUGAUUAUAUGAAAGGCACUCACCUGUCCUUUGAGUACUGGGGUGCCAUAAAAGCAAGGAUGUUCCUGGGCGAACAUGGCGCGCCCAGUGACCAAGCUGAUGCGGUCUGUGAGGCCAUCAUUCGUCAUGCUGAGCUGGGCGAGACUGGUAUGAUCACGAGCUUGGGAUUACUGAUUCAGUUGACGACUUCAUUCGAUAACGUGGGCGCUAACCCGCACCUCAUCGACACCUCGACCAUCGAGGCUGUGGUGGCCAAGUACCCGCGCAAGGGCUGGUCGUCGUGCUUUGCUGCUUGUAUGACGAAGGAGAUGGAAUUGAAGCCAUGGUGCCGUACUACUGCGCAGGAAGGGUUUGUGGAGAGCAUUGUGGGGAAUGAGUUGAUGGAACCUUAUGAUAAGUGA